AUGCCUGUUACUGUUCUCGAGGCGGCGACAAGCUCGUUGCUAUCCAGGUCUCGGCAUAUCUUGGCCGAGAACAAUCACAUUUUACCUCUUCUUGAUGAGCUUCAUUUUGGUGACAUCAUAUUCGGAGUGUUCCCCUUGCUGAAGGGACCUAAUCUGUCUGGCGCAAUGCAUUAUGGCUCCUUGAAUUCGGUUGAUGACAUAAUGCAUUUGCUGCUCCAAGCUUUUGAGGGUGUCAUGUAUCUGCACAAAAACAGCAUCGCGCAUCAAGAUCUCUUUCUAACGAAUUUCAUUAUGGAAUGGUACCCCCAAAGUCACAAUUACAAGGCGUUCACCGGACCAUGGGUGUAUAUCAUCGAUUUCGAGACAGCCAUACAGUUCUUGAGUGACGAGAAGUUGGAGCAUGUGACUAGUACCUUCUCUGUACCAGACCGAUCCUGGUACGAGCGCCCUUUGGCUCCAGAACUCGAAAUACCUGAUGCGGUGUGUUGUCCGUUCCGAUUGGAUGUGUGGCAGAUUGCUAUGGAUAUUCUGUGGUUCAAGGUGACAAAGCACUAA